AACAACUUUUCUUCGUUUGCCAACAUAACAAGCUGGCUGGGUUUUUUGUUUUUUUGGGACGAAAGCCAAGCCUAACCUGCUUUUCUUCAGGGUUAUUUCGGCAACAAAUGGGAUCUGAUAACAGAGGAGUGGUCAGUACCAACAUCACAUGCAAGUGAACUCCUGCUCUUUCACUUCUACAACACAGAGGCUUCAUCCUGCAGGCUUUCACACUGUGGCGUCUACAGAAGUGUAUUGGAGAAGGGGAAAAUAACUCCUUACCAAUGUUGGACCCAAGAAGGAGCGAGUUUCUACCAAUAGGGGCCAACUUAAACCAGAAUCAAGGCUUCCUUGUCGCUGAUCCCAGGCCGCCAGACUACGCCCACGCCAUGCACAGAAAGACUGUGAAGGAACUGCUCGUGAUGAGGCGCUUAAAGCAGAACUGCCUGCAGGACGACGAGAACUUCAAAUUUAAAACUACAAAGUCUGAGGAGUUUGCCUUCGUGAGUCCUCAGCUGUUUGGACCUCCAGGACAGCCCAAAGCUAGUUAUGAGUAUGCUGAAAAUGGCAUCACUUCCCCUCCACAAUUGCAACAUCCCACUCCUGAUGCUGGAGGGAAACUCACCUUAUUUCACUGGCAAAUCCAGCAGCAGGCCCAGAGGGUCGGGGGGGUUUCUCCUGAGCUGCUCAGCAAGCAGGAUGCUGAUGGUGACACAUUCCUCCACAUAGCAGUAGCACAAGGGAGGCGUGCUCUUGCUUAUGUGAUCGCUGCCAAAAUGUCUCAAAGUGGCUCCCUGGACAUUAAAGAACACAACGGGCAGACGGCUCUUCAGAUAGCAGCUGCCACCAACCAGCAGUUCAUAGUGCACGACCUGCUGAUGCACCGGGCCCAGAUCAACACCAGGGACCUGUGGGGCCGCUCUCCUCUGCAUCUGUGUGCUGAGAAAGGACAUUUUCUCAGCCUGCAGAGCAUCUGGAGGACACUAAAGGUGACUGGUCAGCAGGUUGAUGUUGAAAUGUUCAACUACGAUGGUUUAACGCCGUUGCACGCAGCUGUCUUGUCCCACAACGCUGUGGUUAAAGAGCUGAGGACUCUGAGAAAUCUGUGCUCCUAUAUGAAAAAGGAGCUGGCGCAGAGGGCACACAUGUACGUCGAGUGUAUCAACACUCUCCUGCUUACAGGAGCCUCAAGUGGGACGAGGGAUCAAAAGAGUGGAAGGACGUGUCUUCACAUGGCAGCCGAGGAGGCAAACGUGGAGCUGUUCAACAUUUUUCUGGACCAGCCGCAGUCAGUAGUAAAUCUCAAGACAUACAGCGGUAACACGGCCCUGCACAUUGUCAGCUCUUUGCAAAAUCAUAAAAGCCAAGUGCAAGCUGUGAAGCUGCUGAUGAGGAAGGGUGCGGACCCCGGGAGCAGGAACUUUGAAAAUGAACUGCCGUGUCAGCUGGUGCCUGGAGGACCCAUUGGGGAAAAGGUGCGGCAGUUCCUGAAGGGAAAUAUUUACAUGCUUAAGUGAAGCUCAAAAUCACUGUCAGUCAGACAGUCCAAUCUAUUGUUAAAUUAUUUGCCAGAAAAAGGCAGAUGCUGGUUGUUUCAGUGAAACAUGCUUAUUGUUCAUUACCAUGUAAUGCUCAAAGAGACAGUGAGGAUAUGACCUUUCUGUUUUUGUUUUGUUUAAGAUUAAGGAUUGGGAAUAUGCUCUGUAAAUCAACAUCUGUUUUGGGUGAUUUAUUGCUGAGGUUGUGUUUUUUUUAUUUCUCUUUAGUAAAUUCCUUUAAAUCGUUUUAAUCAAAUAGCUCACAGUGAAACUAGACCUUUGUAGAAAGCAGAAGUAUUUUUAGUUUCAAUCUCCAUAAGGAGCAGUGAUGUUUUUGUACUCCUCUCAAAGUGAAGUAUUAGUUUACGGAACGAUUAAAGGUUAGGUAACUGAUCACAAAUGUAUGACAUGCUAGACUAUGGAUGUUUUGUAUAUGUUAUUUCUGUCACAAAAUGUACCUAACAAAAAUCUAAAUGUACAAAAAAAUAAAGAACAUUGAAAUCUG